CCCCUUUCCGGUCUGUAAGCAAGCUCGAUGUUUGUGUGGCCGCUGUGGGCAAUGGAUACAACCCGUAGCGCUCUGAAAAUAUUACCAAGCUAAUAAAGCCUCAUAUCGGGUAAAACAACAGUGGGCGGUUCGGGUUCGAGAGGCGCGUUGACCGGUGAAUGCAUAGAGUCAAGAAGGUCAAGCUUUGUGAGAAUAAAGAGGGUAUCUGGAGAAGUUGUGUGACGGUUAGCAUGACGGCUGUGGACGGCCUCUCAGACAGCACAGAGGUGGUGGAGAUGGAGGACGUUCCCUCUCAGUUCUUCGUGGAGAAACACUCCUGGGAAGGCCUCCGGGACAUCAUCCACUGUAGCAGGAAGUAUUCCGGCAUGAUCGCAAACAAGGCUCCCCAUGACUUCCAGUUUGUGCAGAAGAAGGAUGAAAAUGCCCCCCAUUCCCACCGGUUAUACUACCUUGGAAUGCCUUACGGAAGCAGAGAGAACUCUUUGCUCUUCUCGGAAAUCCCCAAGAAGAUCCGUAAAGAGUCUCUCCUCGUCUUGUCAUGGAAACAAAUGCUUGAUCACUUUCAGGCAACACCACACCAAGGGGCCUACUCCCGAGAAGAAGAACUACUAAGGGAGCGAAAACGUCUCGGAGCAUUUGGUAUCACCUCCUAUGACUACCACGCACAGACUGGCCUGUUCCUCUUCCAGGCCAGCAAUAGCCUGUUCUACUGUCGGGACGGAGGCAACAAUGGCUUCAUUCAGUCGGCUCCCGUUAAGCCUGUGGAGGUUAAGACCCAGUGCUCAGGCACCCGGAUGGACCCAAAGAUCUGCCCGGGAAACCCUGACUUCAUAGCCUUUAUCAACAAUAAUGACCUGUGGGUAGCCAACAUUAAGACCGGAGAAGAAAGGAGACUCACCUACUGUCACAAAGGUGUAGAUAAUGUCAAGGAAGACCCCAAGUCUGCAGGAGUUGCAACAUUUGUCAUCCAAGAAGAGUUUGACCGUUUUACUGGCUACUGGUGGAAUCCCUCAGCUGCAGAAGACUCGAGUGGAGGAAAAACAGUCUAUCUCCUAUAUGAGGAAGUAGAUGAGACAGAAGUAGAGAUUAUUCACGUUCCUUCUCCAGCACUGGAGGAGCGCAAAGCAGAUGCAUACAGAUACCCUCGCACAGGAAGCAAAAAUCCACAAGCGACACUAAAAUUAGCAGAGAUCAAAACCGACCAUCAAGGAAGAAUUAUCAGCUUGCAAGAUAAAGAGUUGGUCGUCCCCUUCACCUCCUUGUUUCCAGGGACAGAAUACAUCGCUAGGGUAGGAUGGACGAGUGACGGCAAAUAUGGCUGGGCAGUGCUGCUGGACCGCAGUCAGAGGAAACUGCAGCUCGUGCUGCUACCUCCAGCGCUCUUCAUCCCGGUCACCGACGACCAAGCUCAAAGGCAGGCCAGUCUGGAAGGAGUCCCCAGUAACACACAACCAUAUCUCAUCUAUGAAGAAAACACAGACGUCUGGAUUAAUGUCCAUGAUAUAUUCUAUCCAUUCAUUCAAACGACAGAAGAUGAGUUUAGUUUCAUUUGGAUAAAUGAGUCCAAGACAGGUUUCAGUCAUCUGUAUAAAAUCACCUCCCUGUUACAACCCAGCUGUUACCAAUGGGCAGACGAUUACCAGCACAUAGACGGACAAUUUAAGUGUGCAAUCAAGGAGGAGAUUGCAUUAACCAACGGAGAAUGGGAAGUGCUUGCAAGACAUGGUUCAAAGAUCUGGGUGAAUGAGGUUACAAAGUUGGUGUAUUUCCAAGGCACCAGAGACACUCCGCUGGAGCAUCACCUCUAUGUAGUCAGCUAUGAGUCACCUGGAGAUGUGGUCAGAUUAACUAAGGCUGGCUUCUCUCAUAGCUGCUGUGUUAGUCAAAACUUUGACUUUUUUGUCAGCCACUACAGCAACGUGAGCACGCCUCCUUGUGUGCAUGUCUACAAACUCCCCAGCUUGGAAGGUGAAGCACUUCACACAGCGCCAGAGUUCUGGGCCAGCAUGAUGGAGUCUCCAGGUUGCCCAGGAGAUUACAACCCACCUGAGAUUUUCGACUUUCCUGGGAAGUCUGGCUUCCAGCUUUAUGGGAUGGUUUACAAGCCUCACAACCUUCAGCCCGGCAGGAAGCAUCCUACUGUUCUCUUUGUCUAUGGAGGCCCGCAGGUGCAGUUGGUGAACAACUCCUUCAAGGGGAUGAAAUACCUCCGCCUGAACACUCUGGCCUCCUUGGGUUACGCUGUAGUUGUCAUUGAUGGGAGAGGGUCCUGUCAGAGGGGCCUUGAGUUUGAGGGCGCACUUAAGAACAAAAUGGGUCAAGUGGAGAUUGAAGACCAGGUGGAGGGCCUCCAGUAUGUAGCAGAGAAGUUCAACUUUGUUGACUUAAGCCGUGUAGCCAUCCAUGGCUGGUCUUACGGCGGCUUCCUCUCUCUCAUGGGCCUCAUCCAGCGACCCAACGUCUUUAAGUUGGCCAUCGCAGGUGCCCCGGUGACGGUGUGGAUGGCGUACGACACGGGCUACACCGAGCGCUACAUGGACGUGCCUGAGAACAACCAGCAGGGCUACGAGGAAGGCUCUGUGGCUCUGCAUGUGGACAAGCUGCCCAGCGAGCCCAACCGUUUGCUGAUUCUUCAUGGAUUUCUUGAUGAAAAUGUGCACUUUUUCCACACCAACUUCUUGGUGUCGCAGAUCAUCCGUGCUGGGAAGCCCUACCAACUUCAGGUGUACCCCAACGAGCGACACAGUAUCCGCUGCCCCGAGUCCGGAGAACACUACGAGAUAAUGCUGCUGCACUUUUUACAACAAUACCUCUGAUCCGACUCCACGUCACCCCUCCAGCCGGGCGCCCAUCCCUACUGCAAGCGGACUAUUUGUCAGACACUUCCAUGAGUCCACGCCCUUCUCCGUGUUGCAGUCAUCAUCUUCCUCCAAAUGUCACCCCGUUUCCCCCUCACCCGCCUCCCCGUGUGUCAGUAGUAAGUGGAAGGUUCCAGUUCACGGAUGCGAAAAAGGAAAAGCUCCGUACACGUUUGCACACACGCUACAUAAUAUUUGUUUGUUGCAGACAUGAACAGAAAGGCGUGCGCGAUGUGUGAGUCUGUACCUUUCAGUGUAUGUAACCAUGAAGAAAAGGAAGGGCGGCUCUUCCUGUGUCCACUUGUUUUAAGUGUGUUUAGAAUAAAAUAUUUUUAUGGAUUUUUAUUAUCAUUUUUAAUGAACGACGACAGAGGCCACUCAUUGCUGUUCUGUCCCCUUACAUUACAUCGCUUGCCUUCUAAACACAUAAUUUAUAUUUGCCAAAGUACCUCUUGACUAUUGAUCAUGCCGGUAUUUGCUUCUUCUUUUUUUUCUUUCUACCGCAAUACAGCCGACAGAAGGUUGAGCACUGGAGGCCUACAACAGCUUUGUACCACCAGAAUACAAUUUGUACAUGAUGAUGAAUAAAUGGAUGAAUCAACCACCUGGCACG